AGUGGGGCCGUGGGACCCCUUGAGUGUGGAGGUUUGUUUACAAGGAAGAGGCACGCGUGGCUGGAGUCUGCACCACUAUUACUAUGGCUAUCAGGUGUCAGUUUGAGGGCUCCAAUGAAAUUGGGGUGUUUGCCAAGCUCACCAACUCCUUCUGCCUCGCCGGCAUCGGAGCUUCAGCUAACUUUUACAGCAUCUUUGAGGAGCAGCUGAGUGAUACAAUUCCUGUUGUAUUUACAUCUGUAGCUGGAUGUCGCAUCAUAGGAUCCAUGGUUGCAGGUAAUCGACAUGGUCUGCUGGUGCCCAACACAACAACUGAUACAGAAUUACAGCACCUACGAGACCAUCUCCCAGAUAAAGUUAAAGUACAGCGGAUAGAGGAAAGAUUAUCUGCUCUUGGAAAUGUAGUUGUGUGUAAUGAUUACGUCGCCCUUGUUCAUCCAGAUAUAGAUCGGGAAACUGAAGAAACAAUCCACGAUGUGUUGCAAGUUGAGGUGUUCCGCCAUACUGUAGCCAACAACGUUCUUGUUGGAUCAUAUGCAGUGUUAUCCAAUCAAGGAGGCAUUGUACAUCCUUCUACACCUACCCAGGAGCAAGAUGAACUCUCCAUGCUCUUACAAGUUCCCCUCGUGGCUGGCACAGUAAACCGAGGUAGUAAUGCUUUAGCAGCAGGUCUUCUUGUGAAUGAUUGGGCAGCUUUUUGUGGUAUGGACACAACAGCAACAGAACUCAAUGUGAUUGAGAGCAUCUUCAAAAUUAGUGAUACUCCACAGUCUGCCAUCUCUACAACCAUGAGAAAAGCACUGAUUGACAGUAUGACAUAAAUUCUCCAGGGCAUCUGCCAUUUCAACAUGAAAGGACAGGAAAGAGGUGAAAGUUGAAGACAAUUGUUAUUAUACAGUAUAAGUUUUGUUUUAUUUCUUAAUUUUCAUGUUUCCUUGCAUGGGUGUGUUAUAUCUAUACUGUAAUUGUAUUUUUGUUGCAUACAAUGACUGGCUUACAGAAGCUGAUGUCUUAACCUCAUGGAGAAUGAAGCAUUGUUUCAUGGCACAUUCUUGGUUAUUAGUGCAAGAAUGUGGCUACUAUAGAUGUAUCAUGUUUUAGCUGUGCAAUGGCACGUGUAGUAAACUGUAGGUGGAUGUGGCAUACAAAUUUUCCCCUCAAAAACAGACUGACUGAAGUUUGUCAAAAAUUAAUUAUAAUAUUUUUUGAGCAUAAAAUUUUGCAAGUUUUUUAUUUUUAUUUUUGUUUAUAUUUAGUAUUUUUUCAAUUAAUAUAUAAUUUUAACAUUGUAUUGUUAUUUAAUAUGCAUUCAAAUAUAAACUGUAUGAUAGUCA